AUGCAAGAGAAAUUAAUAUUAAUGAUAAUGAUGAUGAUGUGUUCUUUGUGUUGUCUUUCUCUCUACAUAAUCUUCAGUGACUUUUAUGUGCAUAAAUUAACAUUCAAAUGUUAAAACAAAUGGUCAUUUCUUAUCUGGUCACGCAAAUUUAUCCUCAUUGAUGAUGGAUGUGUUGUUGAGAAUAUUUUAUUGGAAGAAUGGAAAAUGAAAGUAAGUGCGUGCUUUAUAAGGAAGGGACCGCAUACGGAGGAAACAUUCGUUUGGCCCUGCCGGUGAGGUGAAUCAUGAAUCAGGUUGUUCUCACACUGUUGAGUGCUGUCGUGUUCGGAGCGACUCUUACACACUCUGCAGGGCAAGCAGGGGGGUUAUCACAACGCUGCUUUUGCAGAGGCGAACUGCAAAAAGCAGUGAAGCCGAGAUGGAUUUACAGAGUUGAAAUGUUCCCACCGAGUCCCUCUUGCUCAAAGACAGAGAUUGUAUUGACACUGAUAAGAAAGGGAAAAGGAAAGCUAAACAGGAAGCCAAAGGUGUGUUUGGAUCCAAACAAGAGGCAAGGACAGAGAUUAUUGAAGGGCAAAGGAAAGCAAAACAAAAAGUAAAGGAGCGGAGGAAGAAAAGAGAAGAUUGAGAAGUUUGACGACAAGGAUGGCUAUUGAAAUUAUUCAAGAUUUUCAUUAUUAUUAUUAUUAACCAUAUUUUCUUUAUCGUUUCGUGAUUUUAAACAUUUCUCUGAUGAAACUACAGCUAAUACAGGCUCAUUUGUUAUUGAGGCCAAUGAACAUUUUGCUCUUUCAGAAAUGAUGAGCACAUCGAUACACUGCAAAAAAAGUUUUUCUAGUAUAGAUUUCAAGACAAGAAAAAAUUAUAGUCUUGUUUUCAAGGAACAAAAACAAGCCAAAUUUAAGUGGGUUUUUAUUUGAAACAAGCAAAAUAAUCUGUCAGUGGUUUAAACAACAUAAUGCUGUUUUCUGUUUGAAAUAAGUUUAUUUUUCUUACCCCAUUGGCAGAUUUUUGGUUUUGAUUUGUUUUGCUUGCUCUAAGCAAAAAGUCAUCUAAUUUUGACUUUUUUUUUUCUCAAAACAAGACAAUACUUUUUAUUUGUCAAGAAAAUCCUUUUUUAUUUAUGAAUGUUUAGACUAAGAAACUAGAUGUGAAAUCUAGGCUUGAAAAUAGUGUUUUGAGUUUUUAGAUGAAACGCUGUUUUGGUUAAAAUAAUGGAUUAUGUUCAUAAUUACUGCUUUAUUUACUUUGUAACUUUUAUUAAUCCGUUUUUCUACAAACCUUUCUAAUCCAGAUGAAAUCUUUGUAAAACGUAACCACGAAAUAAAAAUAAUUCAUGCAGA